AACCUCGAUUGCAACUUCAAUUCACUUCUGCCACUUUACCAUUUCGAACUGCAAAAUCCCUGAAUGUCACAUUUUCCAACGACCUUUGAGGGAAUAAAGAGUGAGGCAAGAGAGGAGGCAACAGCGGAGAAUUUGAGACCUGGAGAAGAAAGACUGGAAAACAUAGGUGAAGAACCUCACAAUCGAUUUGAAAUGGCAUCCACAUCAUCCUCAGAAUCAGAGGUACCCGGUAAACACUCGGAAUCUGCUUUCCCACCUCCAUAUGCGAAAUCUCGACUAGCAGGCUAUCUCGAAGCCGAACUUCGCGAUUUUCCCGGCGGAGACGAAAUCACAACUGGAAGCGUCCCUCAAUGGACUUGGCCUCGAUCAGCAUGUCGUCUUUGGAUAUUCUUGAUGGUUCUUCAGAAAUGUGAACGUGGUACUAUCAUCGCCUAUGAAACGGCACGCAAAUUUAAUGGUUUCGGGCCGGCGUUGUAUAUUAUGUUUAAGAGCGAGUGGCGUAGCUUGCUUCAUGACAGUCCUGAGGAUAGUAUGACGAUUUAUUAUCAUUUACUUGCGAUGAGGAAUGAAAAGGGUGCGGUACCGCCAGCGUUUGAGAUUUCACAUUGUUGUUGA